AUGUGUGGAAAAUGCAGAGCUUUGCCAAAAGGAAAUAUGCUUCUUAUGUCCAACGCGAUAAUGAAGUGCUCCUGAGAAAGUCAUAGCUACUUCGGCUUUUAAGUUCAGGGGUGGAACUUUGUCCUUUAAGCAUACGGGACUUUCUGUCCCCGGCUCUGGAUCUAGACCAAUGUCAUGCAGCAGGAGCAAGAACCCAGUUACCGUCCAGCUAGGCCAGCAUCCAAGUCUAAGGAGAAAUCGAGGGCAACUAAACGCAAGAUGCUGCUGAUUAGAGGAAGAAGGGAGAUUAUGAACAGUUUUUAGGAUAUGUUUGCACACAGCAAAAUAAAGACACCUGCCCUCAAGCAGGCAACGUUUGUGCUCGCAGAGAAAGCGGGCAGUGAGCAGCAUGGUCUCCAGCACAAGCUGGCUGUUUCAGUGCAGACUCGGGGUUGGGGCCAGGACCUGCACCUGCAGCACUGCACUUGGGGGGUGGUUGACUCCUGCCGGGAGAUCUUUUUUGCUAAAGUAAUCUGCUAAACUGAAGUCAGCGGAGGGCUGCAAGCCCCCCUCCUACGUGCGCAGGGGUGUGCAGACCUGCUCCAAGGAAAAUCAUAGCUGCUUCGAUUUUAUCACCUAACCUGCUGCUGAAUGACUCAUCUGUUAUCAGGCAGCGCCCACCCAGAAAAGAUUAGUUUGAGCUGCUGCAAGCCUCUUCAUUCAGUUCGUCUGAGCGUAUUACAAUUACCAGUGAAUGUCUAAUCCCCAUAGACAUCUUAAAAAAAAAAAAAAAUACUGUCUGCUAUGGAAGUAACUCGCUGCCCCCUCUUCUGCACGACACCUUACUGUGAAAGCAGCUGUGCACGCAACCGUCGCUUCGUCAGGGCAAUUUUCUCCCCCGAGCUAAGCGGGGCCCUGCAGCCCGCGCUACCUGCAAGGACCCGGGGGCGGCGGCGGCCCCCCUCGCUGCCUGCGGGCCGGCUCCGGGGCGGCGGCGCGAGGCCGGUCCCACCGCGCGGGCCGGGCUGCGGCGGGGCCGAGCGGGCCGCGGGCGCGGAGGCUCCGGGCGGCUGCGGCGGAGCCUCGGCCCCGGGGCGGCAGGCGCCAGAAGACCAUCAGGAUGAAGCGGUUCAUGGCCAUGCUGAAUAGGCAUAAAAACAAGGAUCCGCCACCAGCCAAACUGCUGGAUCUAGCAGGACAGCUUUGCCAGGACUUCCAGAGCUCAUCUCCCACCCUGGAGAAGCUGGUUGGGGCCAUUAUGGGAUGCAAACACAAGACUUAUUUUCUCACCAACGUCCACAUAGUCCGAGCUUGUGUGUUGGUUCAUGCCCGUAAAGGACAGCACGACACAGCCUGCAGACUCCUGGAGUGUUGCAGGGCAGAAGAAAAGGAGGAGCUGGUACAGCUGUGGCAUGAGAUUCACUACCAGCAGGUUAUGGAGAAGCACCGCACGGACUUCCUGACCCCCCUGCAGAAGUUCCGCUGCAGGAAGAGGAAUCCUCCACCUGUUUCCCUUUGUCCUGAAGGUUUGAAGAAUCGAAACUAUCCAGAUAAAGUCCGCCAGGAGCUGCGCAGGUUUGCAGCAGAGGUGACGACAAAUCCAAACAAGGAGCAGCGGGAGGGAUUGGCUCAGGACAUGAAUCUGCAGCCAACUCAGGUCUAUAACUGGUUUGCAAAUUAUCGACGUCGUCAAAAAUCCCGGCUUGCUUGCGUGGAAAAGGUCACCAGCUCGUGCUCUGAGAAGGCUUUGACUCACCAUGCAAAGGAGCAGCAGGACAGAGGAUGCUGUGCUCCACAAACUGCAGAUGGAUCUUAUGCAGGCAUCAGCUCUGAGCAGAUGGAGAUAACCCUUUUGCCCAGUGACCCGGGGUGGGAGCAGUCAGCUGCAGACCUGGAUAAGUCUCCUGAAGGAACGUAUUUAAAGAUGCUGGAAUCCAGCUUUAUGCACAGCACUGAGCUGUACGAGGCAAGGACCAGCAAGGCUUUGCUGACCGCUCCCAAUACUGAACGACCUGCAGCGUUUCGCCCUGAGGCUGUGCUGGAACCAGGGACCUGCUUUAGCCCUGCUGUCCUGCAGACCAGAGAAGCAGCAAGCAGUACUGAUGCCAGUCCCCAGCUGGAUAACUUUGUCCUGUGCUCUUGCGGAUCGCUUACCUUCCCUGGCGAACAGCUGGCCGUGUGGCAGGCCCCUUCCAGUGCCAGAGGAGUCUCUGGCUCCAUGUGGACCCCGAGUAGAGAAGCAGGUCUCAGAGCCCCCUUGAGCAGGGCCCCUCAAGGUGGCUGUAUUGAGGCCAGUUCAGGAGGCAUCAUUCAGCAGUCAGAUUUAGAGGAGGAAAGCUUCAUCCUUAGAGAAGAGCAGCUAGGGGCUCUGGAAGCUAUUCUGCCCCACAGUUCCUGUCAGACUGUGUUUAGCAAACCUCAGUGCCCACCUGUUUCUGCACCGUGCGUGGAGGCCAGCCAAGCCUUGGGACAAAGCCAGGUACCAGAGGAUCCAGCUGGUGACCCAUCAACCAACGACACAUUCUGGGCAGCAUGGCUGCUCUUUGAAUUCUCAGCCGGGGGACGAAUGUGACCUGCCUGCAGAGAAACUAAAUGUGGUCUGCACUUCUCCAGGAAUCACUUCAUCCUCUCCUGUUUUUCUCCCCCCUCCGCCCCCCCCUUUUUUUGAUGA